AUGGAAGAUCCGUGGGGUUCGCCGUGGGCUGCAGACUCUCCGGCUAAGAUAGAACUCCCAUCCGCGCCCCAGAAUGCGCACUUCUCGACCGACCAUCUCUUCCCUCGACGAAACUCUCGUUCGCCUGCGCCGUCGCGAUCACGGUCACCGGCGUGGGAAGACGACAAUGCUUGGGGCGGGUGGAAUGGCGGUGAUGCCAGUGGCAGUGGCAAGGAAAGCCCCGGAUGGGGGAGAAGCCCUGGGCUGAAGCCACUGCAAGUUACACCGUCGGUGAGGUCGUUGUCACCAGAUCCCUGGAAGGAUAUGGCCCUGAAAAGACUAGACACGACGGCGCUGGAGAAUGAGGAACGGAAGCCAAGGGGGAGACGAGCUUCUGAGACUUCGGGUGACGAUCGCGUCGUGGACUCUGCAAUCAGUCUUGGAGAAGACCAGGAAUUGCAAAGAGAGGAAGAAUUGAAGAUUAAUAUCCCCGUCGUGGUGCCGCCAUUGGAUAUUGAUGCCACGGACGAUGCAUGGCGUGUUGAGGCAGCGCCGGAAACACCGGCAGCCGAGGUGGUGAUUCCGGCUAUUCAACUUGAACAACCAGACUUUUUUCCAGACACAGAGGCUCCAGUACCUGGUGUUGUGGAUGACGAAGAGCAAGACGAGGUUCUAUUCACAGCUGAUGAGCCUGUUCAGAAAGAGGAAGCCAUUGCUGCGCAGAGUAGCUUCGAGGUGGAACAAGAUCAACAACCGAUUCCAGCUGUUGAAGCGAUUGAAACAACUCCACCUGUUGAAGCAAUCCCAGCUACUGAAGCAACUCCUACUGCCGAAGCAAUUCCAACUGCUGAAGCAACCCCUACUGUUGAAGCAAUUCCAACCGCUGAAGCAAUUCCAGCUACUGAAGCAAUUGCAGUUGUUGAAGCAGUUCCAAUUGUCGAAGCAACCACAGCUGCCGAAGCAAUCCCAACUGUUGAAGCGACUGAAGAUGCGGCAGUCAUUCCGGAACAAGAAGUCAGUCAGCCUCCGUUGGGCCUGGAGAGUGAGAGUGAAGUUGUCGCGGGAUCUCAGCGCCUGCAGCAUGAAUCGCAGAAUCACAUUCCGCCGGUGCUCGCCGUGAGCGAACCCAGAGUCUUGGAAACGAUGGCUGCCCCGUUUGAGUCUGACAUGGUGGAGCGCCCUACCUCCCCAACGUCCAAAGUACACUACCCUAUCGAUUUUACCAAGCUCGACGAUUUGUUCCCGUCGACGCCGCCCAUUACGACUGAAGCGGAGCUUGUUCCAGACGUCAUUAUCGACGACACUUUUGCUUCCAGCAGCGAGCGCAGAGCUUGGUACCGGGUCUCCCGUUAUGGAUCGAAGCGGAAGCAUGAUAUGGGAGGGGAUGAGAAUUAUGUGCGCGUUACCUGGUCCAAGUCACAAAUUCGAGAACGUACCACUCAGACUGUGAGGAGAUGGAUGGAAGAAGACUCUAUUACUGGGCGUGUGGUUCUGGGUAGACGCCUUGGCGGAUCUGGUGCAGUCAUGUUCAACUGGAAUUCACCUGCACCUCAAGUGGAAAUCGGAGAGUUCCUAGGAAGACAUUCGAGAAACUCAUCCUUGACCGUGCAAUCGGCAGUCGCAUCGCCUACUGCGUCGUCAUUCGGCUGGGCUAGUAGCGUCCCGUCAUCGCCAGCGGUUUCGAGGCAUCCUUUGGCCAACGAGAUCUCACAAGCAGAUGCACAAGAACUGCAAUCACCAAAAGAGCCCAAAGCGGACUCAGCUCGACAAUCCUUUUCUCUUGAGCCGCCGCCGCUGCAUAAUCGAUCACGUAUUCCUACGCCAAUUCAGAUUCCACCCACUUAUCCCAUCAACCAAGAGGACGAUGACGAUUGGGGCGAGAUGAUGACUGCUACACCGACCACUACCGUGUCAUUCACCGAGGACGAAGAACCCGCCAGCAACCGCUACAGCAUUGCUUCUCAGUCUGCUCUCCAGUUCGACACGGUGUUUGAAAGUCCCAAACUCCUUGCAUCAAAGAUCGAGAAGGCUCCAAGCAAGCGACCCUUUUCAUGGCACUUGGGACAGACGCUUAGCAAACCCUUUAAGAGAGGGGGCAAGACCCCUUUGACGCCAUCAUUCCCUAGCCCGCUCUCCAAGCCAAUGACGCCGUCUCAAGUCACACUUACUCGCCAUGCUCAUACCAUGUCUGCCGACACAUCGCUCGUCCAGUCACCAAUCGGACCUACCUUGAGCGCUGCGGACGAAGAGACUGUGGCCAGGCUUUUGGAGGAUAUUCCUGAUCUUACAUAUAUGUUGCGUUGA